AUGUCUUCUUUCAUUUCGGCGGAUGUCGCCCAUGCCAAAUGGUCUUCACUUGGGUAUGCAACCCUGGAUGCUGCCAGCAUCCUCAUCAUUGUCAGUUCUUCAACUGUAGACUUUCACAGGUCACUCAAGAUGGAGAGAGAACGCCGCCUUGUGUUGCUGGAUUGUUUGAUGGCCAUCCAACACAAUCAGAUGCAGAUGAAGAUCCUGAUGGCCAAGAUGCAAGCCAUCCUUGAAAGGAGAAAAGAGAGGAUGUGUUGGGUUCGUCACUGGAUCACAUUGCGACCACACCAGGGUGCCUAUGGUAACCUGAUGCACCUGCUACGCAAUGAGGAUGUUCAGGGCUUCCGCAACUUCACCCGCAUCACACCUGCCAUGUUUGCCGAAAUGGUCACCCGCCUCACUCCUCGCUUACAGAAGUAUGAUACCUGGUACAGGAAGGCCCUUCCAGUAGGCUUGAAGGUCGCCAUCACCAUGCGCUACCUUGCCAGUGGGGACUCCUACCACAGCCUGAUGUACCUAUUCUAUGUACCCCACAACACCAUCUCACUCUUGGUGUUGGACGUGUGUCAGGCCAUCUACGCUGAGUAUGGCGAGGAGACCAUCAGCAACCCAUCUACUCCAAAGGGGUGGAAGGGCAUUGCCCAGACCUUCUCCGACCGGUGGAACUUCCACCAUUGCCUGGGAGCCUUAGAUGGCAAGCACAUCCGCAUCAAGGCACCCGCGAACUGUGGCUCCCAGUUCUACAACUAUAAGGGGUACAACUCGAUUGUACUCCUUGCCCUGGUUGAUGGCAACUACAAGUUCCGGUGGGUGGAGGUGGGAGCAGGUGGUGCGAGUUCUGAUGCCCAGAUUUGGAACACGUGCAGUCUGAAAGAGGCAAUUGACGAUGAGAACAUUGGAAUACCACCAGAUGAGCCACUGCCUCAUGACGAUCGAGACAUCCCUUAUUUCAAGUCCCAGCUUUUGCUGCCUCCUCAAGAUGCCGCCCAUUCCACCGCAGAGACUCCGGGUUCUGAUGCUGCAAGAACACCUUCAAGUGGCAGCGCAUGA